GUAUUUUAAUAUUAGUCCAGCUCUAGUUUUUUCAUAUGUUUACAAUUUUUAAGAAAUAGAAUUGGGUCAAAAUGAAUAUUCACAAAUUAGGCAUUUCCACUGGAAGUGCUAUUGGACGUGCGAGAUAUUUUAGCAGCGUAGCGAAACCAGAGCUGCCGGCAUCAUUUGUCAAGGAUGAUGUGGAAUAUGUGCCUGAGCGGGAUAAGUCUGGCUUGCGGCAACAACACAAAAAUGUGCUCCACGAAACAUUGCCAUAUAACGAGGCACAUUCCUGGAUACAUUUGACUGAAAAGUAUCAAAGAAACAUGUAUGGUCGCUAUGGCUCAAAAAGUAAUGUCAAUCCACAAAUAUGCUUCGGUACACUGGCCGAACGAACGAAAGCCCAACAGCGGGAAAGCAUUACGCAACCUGAAACUUUGCCGGAAUUAUUAGAAAAACUUCGCAUUCGCAAAGCGGCAAAGCAAGCAGCAAUAAAUGAGCGGGAGGAGAGCAUACAAAAGAAGCUGGAGAAACUAGAUCAAUGGAAGGCAGAGCUAAACGCAAAGGUGGAAAAACGUAAGGCAGAUGCCGCAGCUGCCAUUCAGCGCAAAGAGCGAUUGAUUGAAGAGGUUCGCCGGCAUUUCGGAUUCAAGGUGGAUGUACGCGAUGAACGCUUCAAGGAAAUGCUCGAACAGAAGGAGAAGGAAGACAAGCGUAAGCAGAAGGAGGCCAAGCGCAAGGUCAAAGAGGAGAAGAUGAUGGCCAAAUUAGUUCAACAAACGAGUUAGUCUAAUUGUUCACGAUUAUAUAUAAAUGUCAAAUGACAAUGAAAA